CAGGAUUAAUUCACUUAUUUUGUCCGAGAACCCUCGUGGUGGAAUUGUAUUGGUAGGCAAUGUCUUUCAGUUCUCGGUCUGCCAAAGCCAACUUCAGAAACAGGUCCACUCUACCGUCAGUUCCCGUGGAGUCUAUAAAAGAAAUGCAGCAAAAGCUGAAGGAGGAGCGUGAGGCCAAGCGAGCGCAGCUGGACGGCAGACAUGACUACGUGCUCAGCAUCGUGGCAUCCUGCCUGGGCGUGGAGAAGGCCGAGGUGGAGGACGCCAUCUUGGAGGGAGAGCAGAUUGAACGAAUGGAGAAGUUCUUUGUAGCAGAGGGCCUUCCACACCUCAUGUUCUACCACCAGGAAGUAGAAACCACAGAAGAAGCCACCGCCUCGCCUCUGGUGCGGGGCAGCAGGAAGACCAAGGUGUUUGUGACGGAGGGGGCGGACGCGGCCCUGACGGGGGUGUGUGUGUUCUUCACCAGACCCAACACCUCCAGGGCGGUCACCUCCGAGAACAUCCACAGGGAUGUGAACUUCAACAUGCUGGACACCAGGGAGGUGGGCUUGCUGAGGAGUGUGGAGCAGCUGCUGUCCGAGGUGUUCAUCCCCACCCUGAGGAAGAUGACCCAGGGCUGGGGGGAGCCCGACAGCCCUCAGGCCAGGGCCGUCAAGCACGACUUCAUCAGCUCCCUGGACAGCUUUGUGUCGGUGCUGGCCGGGGCACAGGAGAGCCUGCAGGAGAAGGUGAACCUGAAAAAGUGUGACACGUUUGACCUGACGACCCUGAAGGGGCCUUCGGACUACCUGGCUGCGGCCAACAGCACAGAGACCACAGAGAAGAUAGAGCUCUGCAUGAAGGGGUGGAUUAAACAGAUAGAGCAGGUUCUGGCAGAGAGCGACCAGCUCAGGAAGGAGGCUGAUGACCUGGGGCCCCGGGCAGAGCUGGACCACUGGAAGAAACGCACGUCCCGCUUCAACUACCUGCUGGACCAGCUGAAGAGCCCGGAGGUGAAGGCCGUGCUCGGGGUGCUCAUGAUGGCCAAGUCCAAGUUCAUCAAGCCGUGGCGACAGCUGGAUACGAGGAUCACAGACUCGGCCAACGAGGCCAAAGACAACGUCAAGUACCUCUACACCCUGGAGAAGUUCUGCGACCCACUCUACAACAACGACCCUGUGUCCAUGGUGGAGGCCAUUCCAGGUCUGAUCAACGCUAUCAGGAUGAUCCACAGCAUCUCCCGCUACUACAACACGUCAGAGAAGAUCACCUCCUUGUUCGUCAAGGUUACCAACCAGAUGAUCACGGCAUGUAAGGCCUACAUCACCAACAACUGCUCUGCAUCAAUCUGGGAGCAGCCCCAGGAGCUGGUGUCAGAGAAGCUGAGGGCGGCCAUCCAGCUAAACCAGGAGUACCAGAGAUCCUUCCACAAGACCAAGGAGGAGCUGGAGCAGAGUUCUUCAGAAAGACAUUUUGACUUCAGUGAGAUGUACAUUUUUGGGAAGUUUGACACGUUCCAGCGACGCCUCUACAAGAUCCUGGAGAUGUUUGACACCAUCAACACGUACGACACCUUGCAGGACUCCAAGAUGGAGGGCCUGGAAACCCUGGCAACCAGGUUUCAGAGCAUUGUGCUGACCAUGAAGAAGAAACACUACAGCUUUCUUGACCAGAGAAGAACAGACUUCGAUGUGGACUAUGAGGAGUUCUGCAAGAACACCACCGAACUCCAUAACCAGCUGAAAACCUUCAUGGAUAACACAUUUGAUAAGAUUCAGAGUACAGAGAGAGCUUUGAAUGUACUGAAAAAAUUUGAAAGACUGGACAUCCCUGACCUGGGUGUUGAGGAGCGGUACCAGAGCAUCCUGCAGAACUACGGCCGGGACAUUGAGAUGGUGUCCCGCAUCUACACCAGGCAGAAAACGGAUCCCCCCAUGGGCCGCGACCUGCCCCCGGUGGCGGGCAGGAUCCUGUGGGCUCGCCAGCUGUACCGCCGCAUCCAGGAGCCCAUGGAGCUGUUCCAGCAGCAUCCUGGCGCGCUCGCCACGCCCGACGCCAAGCGCAUCAUCAGGAACUACAACAGGGUGUCCCGGGUGCUCCUGGAGUUCGAGAUGCUGUACCACCAGGGAUGGGUGAAGCAGAUGGACGUGGCCCGGCUGGGUCUACAAGCCUCUCUGCUGGUCAGGUGUCCAGACACAGGCCAGCUGUAUGUGAACUUUGACCCCGAGCUCCUGGCUCAGAUCAGGGAAACUGAUUGCAUGACCAGGAUGAGGCUGGAGGUGCCUCCCUUCGCUGUCUUCCUGCAGCAGAAGCAAGACUCCCUCAAGCAGAACUUCAACAAGCUGCAGUUGAUGCUGGAUGAGAACUCCAGAGUGAGGGGAAAGAUCCAGAGUGCCUUUGAACAACUGAUCACACCACACGUAGCAAAAGUGGACGAGGCUCUGCUGCCAGGCCUCACUUCCCUGAGCUGGACCUCCCUCAACAUAGACAAGUACCUGCUGCGCAUCAACACUGCUCUUGAGCACCUGGAGCUGUUGAUAGACAGAGUGAACGAUCUGGUGGAGUUCAGGAUCGAUGCCGUGCUGCAGGACAUGAGUGGAGCUGUGCUGUGCGUGCUUCCAGAUGAUCCUCUGCCCUGUGAGCAGUUUGUUCAGACCACCAAGGAGCUGUGCAUCCGAGCAGCCCAGAGCCUCCACACCAAGAGCACACUGGUGGAGGAGGCCGCCAACGAGCUCAUCAACAUGCUGCUGGACUUCCAUCAGCCCAGGGAGGAGGCGGAGGACCGCAGAGGGGACAGCAAAGCAGCGCAUGUGGAGGCUGAAGGUGAGGAGGAGGGCCGGCUGGAGGGUCGUCUGUUCUCGCGCAACACCACGGUGCCCAGCGCGGUGCCCAGCACCGGGGGCGGCUCCCCCCUGGCGAGGAGGAAGAAGAAGAGGGAUCUGAUGGAGGUGAUGGAGGAGGAAGCACAGGAGCUGCUCUCCCACUUCAACCACCGCAACAUGGACGCCCUGCUGCGACUGACACGCAACACCCUGGAGGGCCUCCGCAAGCGCAUCCACGCCUCGUCCCUCUCCCACUUCCUGGCAGAGAGCGAGCCCGGCUCCCGAGGGAAGGGAGGAGGCCAGCAGCCCAUCUUCAGGGCCAGCGUGACCCUCUCCAUCCCCAACAUCUUGAUGGUGCCGGGCCUGGACGAGGUGCAGCAGGCCCUGAACCGGGCGGUGGAGUGUGUGGUCAGCGUGAGCAGGGGCGUCGGCCAGUGGAGCAAGGAGAGGAUCUCAAAGAGGAAGAUGAGCGAGCAACGCAUGGCUGCUCUCAAGCAGGACAUCCCCGACAGCGAAUCAGAGGAUGGAGAAACGUCUUACCGAAGCUUGGCAGAUGGCAGCACCUCUGACCUGUCUGUGAGCCAGGCCCUGCCCUUCCAGGCCAGAAACUACUACAAGAGUGUGUCUGAGAACAAGGAGAUCGUCAAGCUGGUGUCCGUCCUCAGCACUUCCAUCAACUCCACCAAGAAGGAGGUGCUAACAGCCCUGGAGCGCUUCGGCCGCUACCACCACAUCUGGAGGCAGGAACGUGAGGAGACCCUGCUGCGGUUCUGCCAGGGGAACCCUCUGCUGUCUGAGUUUGAGUCCCAGAUGCUGUACUACCGAGACCUGGAGCUGGAGAUCAACGCCGAACCUGAGUACCUCAGCGUAGGAGCGCUAGCUCUCUACACAGCGGACCUGAAGUUGUCCCUGACUGCUGAGACUAAGAGCUGGAUGGUGGACUACGGUCUCCACUGCAACAGGAAGUACAGGUGCGAGAUGGAGAAGAUCUUCCUGUUUGUGGACGAAGCAGGAAAGAAGCUCAACAGGCAGAUCAAAGAUCUGGACGACAUCCGCAUUGCCAUGGCAUCGUUGAAGGAAAUCCGGGAGCAGCAGAUCUCUAUUGACUUCCUAGUGGGGCCCAUAGAGGAGUCGUACGCUGUCCUAAACAAAUACGAGUUGUCGGUGGCCAAGGAGGAGGCGGAGAAGGUGGACACUCUGCGCUACACCUGGGAGAAGCUUCUGGGCCGCAGCACGCAGGUGCAGAACCAGCUGGUGUCCCUGCAGCCCAACUUCAGGGGAGAGCUCAUCAGCAACGUGGAGACGUUUGUGGAGGACUGCCAUCACUUUUACCAGGACUACGACAAGGAUGGGCCCAUGGUUGCUGGGCUGGCCCCCCAAGAUGCCAGCGACAGGCUCAUCAUGUACCAGAAUCGCUUUGACAACCUCUUCCGCAAGUACAUCACGUACACGGGAGGGGAGGAGCUGUUUGGCCUGGCCGUGACCCCGCACCCCCAGCUCCUGGACAUCAGGAAGCAGCUCAUCCUGUUGCAGAAGCUCUACGGCCUCUACAACAGCGUCAUCGACACGGUCAACGGCUACUACGACAUCCUCUGGGCCGACAUCCACAUCGAGAGGAUCAACAACGAGCUGUUGGACUUCCAGAGCAGGUGCCGCAAGCUCCCUCGCGCUCUCAAGGAGUGGAAAGCAUUCCUGGACCUGAAGAAAACCAUUGACGAGUUUAACGAGUGCUGCCCCCUGCUGGAGUUGAUGACCAACAAGGCCAUGAUGACGCGCCACUGGAGGCGCAUCACAGAGGUGACGGGUCACAGCUUUGAGGUGGAUACGGAUGCCUUCAAACUCCGCAACAUCAUGGAAGCACCGCUGCUCAAAUAUAAAGAGGAGAUUGAGGACAUCUGCAUCAGUGCCGUGAAGGAGAGAGACAUCGAACAGAAGCUGAAGCAGGUGAUCGCUGAGUGGGACAACAAGACGUUCACCUUCGCCAACUUCAAGACGCGUGGGGAGCUGCUGUUGAGGGGGGACAGCACGUCGGAGAUCAUCACCAACAUGGAGGACAGCCUGAUGAUGCUGGGCUCGCUGAUGAGCAACAGGUACAACACUCCCUUCAAGGCCCAGAUUCAGAAGUGGGUUCAGAACUUGUCCAACACCACCGACAUCAUAGAGAACUGGAUGACGGUGCAGAACCUGUGGAUCUAUCUGGAGGCUGUGUUCGUAGGAGGAGACAUCGCCAAACAACUGCCUAAGGAAGCCAAGCGUUUCUCCAACAUCGACAAGUCGUGGGUGAAGAUCAUGAUGCGCGCCCACGAGAUGCCCAUCGUGGUGCAGUCCUGCGUGGGCGACGAGACCAUGGGGCAGCUGCUGCCCCACCUGCUGGAGCAGCUGGAGAUCUGCCAGAAGUCCCUCACUGGCUACCUGGAGAAGAAACGUCUCCUGUUCCCUCGGUUCUUCUUCGUAUCGGACCCCGCCCUGCUGGAGAUCCUGGGCCAGGCCUCGGACUCCCACACCAUCCAGGCUCACCUGCUCAACAUCUUCGACAACAUCAAGUGUGUCCGCUUCCACGACAAGAUGUAUGAUCGUAUCAUGGCCAUCUCGUCCCGGGAGGGAGAGACAGUGGAGCUGGACCGUCCGGUUGUUGCCGAGGGCAACGUGGAGGUGUGGCUUAACGCCCUCCUGAAGGAAUCCCAGAGGUCUUUGCACCUGGUGAUCCGACAGGCGGCCUUGGCCAUUCAGGACUCGGGCUUCCAGCUCAUAGACUUCCUGGAUUCCUUCCCUGCUCAGGUGGGUCUGCUCGGGGUGCAGAUGAUCUGGACCAGAGACUCGGAGGAGGCCCUGACCAACGCUCGCUACGACCGCAAGAUCAUGAACAAGACCAACCAGCUGUUCCUGGAGCUGCUGAACACGCUCAUCGACAUGACGACCAGGGACCUGGGCGCGGUGGAGAGGACCAAGUACGAGACCCUCAUCACCAUCCACGUCCACCAGAGGGACAUCUUCGAUGACUUGUGUCGACUUCACGUCAGGAGCUCUAUGGACUUUGAGUGGCUGAAGCAGUGUCGUUUCUACUUCAACGAGGACUCUGACAAGAUGAUCAUCAAUAUCACUGAUGUCAGCUUUGUCUACCAGAAUGAGUUCCUGGGCUGCACAGACAGGCUCGUCAUCACCCCACUCACUGACAGGUGCUACAUCACGCUGGCCCAGGCCCUGGGCAUGAGCAUGGGCGGGGCCCCAGCAGGGCCUGCAGGGACGGGGAAGACCGAGACCACCAAGGACAUGGGCCGCUGCCUGGGGAAGUACGUGGUGGUCUUCAACUGCUCCGACCAGAUGGACUUCAGAGGACUCGGCAGGAUAUUCAAAGGCCUGGCCCAGUCCGGCUCCUGGGGCUGUUUUGAUGAGUUCAACCGUAUCGACCUGCCGGUGCUCUCCGUGGCAGCGCAGCAGAUUGCCAUCGUGCUGACCUGCAGGAAGGAGCGUCGCGCCAGCUUCAUCUUCACCGAUGGAGACAGCGUCGACAUGAACCCUGAGUUUGGCAUCUUCCUCACCAUGAACCCAGGCUAUGCAGGACGGCAGGAGCUCCCUGAGAACCUGAAGAUCAACUUCCGCUCGGUGGCCAUGAUGGUUCCCGACCGCCAGAUCAUCAUCCGGGUGAAGCUGGCCAGCUGUGGCUUCAUAGACAACAUGGAGCUGGCUCGCAAGUUCUUCACCCUCUACAAGCUGUGCGAGGAGCAGCUUUCUAAACAGGUCCAUUACGACUUUGGGCUCCGCAACAUCCUGUCCGUUCUGCGCACCCUGGGAGCAGCGAAGCGAGCGAAUCCCACCGACACCGAGUCCACCAUCGUCAUGAGGGUGCUGAGAGACAUGAACCUGUCCAAACUGAUCGAUGAGGACGAGCCCCUGUUCCUGAGCCUGAUAGAAGACCUCUUCCCUGGGAUCCAGCUGGACAAGGCAGGCUACCCCGACCUGGAGACAGCCAUCGACAAACAGGUGUCAGAGGCUGGCCUGAUCAGCCACCCUCCCUGGAAGCUGAAGGUGAUCCAGCUGUUUGAGACCCAGAGGGUCCGUCACGGCAUGAUGGCCCUGGGGCCCAGCGGAGCCGGGAAGACCACCUGCAUCCACACCCUGAUGAGGGCCAUGACAGACUGUGGCCAGCCCCACAGAGAGAUGCGCAUGAACCCCAAGGCCAUCACCGCUCCCCAGAUGUUUGGCCGUCUGGACGUGGCCACCAACGACUGGACCGACGGGAUCUUCUCCACACUCUGGAGGAAGACCCUCAGAGCCAAGAAAGGAGAAAACAUCUGGAUCGUUCUGGACGGGCCAGUGGACGCGAUCUGGAUCGAGAACCUGAACUCUGUCCUUGACGACAACAAGACCCUGACCCUCGCCAACGGAGACCGCAUCCCCAUGGCAACCUGCUGCAAGGUGGUGUUUGAGCCCCACAACAUCGACAACGCCUCCCCCGCCACCGUGUCCAGGAACGGCAUGGUGUUCAUGAGCUCCUCCGUGCUGCCCUGGAGCCCCAUCCUGGAGGGCUGGCUGAAGAAGCGCUCUCCCCAGGAGGGGGCGGUGCUGAGGGAACUGUUCUCCUCGUCCUUCCCGGAGCUCUAUCGCUUCAGCGUCCAUACCCUGGAAUUUAAGAUGGAGAUGCUGGAGGCCUUUGUGAUCAUGCAGAGUAUCAACAUGCUACAGGGUCUCAUCCCCCCGAAGGAGCAGGGAGUGGAGGUGUCACGGGAGCACAUGGAACGCCUGUACGUGUUCUCUCUCAUGUGGAGCAUCGGAGCCCUGCUGGAGGUGGCAGACCGCAGGAGGGUGGAGUCCUGGCUCCGGGCUCACAGCAGCCUCCACCUGCCCGACAUCCCCCCUGACAGCGACAACACCAUGUUCGACUACCACGUCACCGGGGAUGGCCAGUGGGUCCACUGGAGUACCCGAGUGGAGGAGUACGUGUACCCCUCAGACUCCACCCCUGAGUACGGCUCCAUCCUGGUCCCUAACGUGGACAACGUCCGUACAGACUUCCUCAUCCAGACCAUCUCCAAGCAGGGAAAGGCUGUCUUGCUGAUUGGAGAGCAAGGCACAGCCAAGACCGUCAUCAUCAAAGGAUACAUGUCGAAGUACGAUCCUGAAGCGCACAUCGCUAAGAGCCUCAACUUCUCCUCUGCCACCACUCCGCUCAUGUUCCAGAGAACGUUGGAGAGCUAUGUGGACAAGAGGAUGGGUACUACCUACGGCCCUCCUGCAGGGAAGAAGAUGUCCGUCUUUGUGGAUGACAUCAACAUGCCUGUCAUUAACGAAUGGGGAGACCAGGUCACUAACGAGAUUGUUCGUCAGCUGAUGGAGCAGAACGGGUUCUUCAACCUGGAGAAGCCGGGUGAGUUCACCAACAUCGUGGAGAUCCAGUUCCUGGCGGCCAUGAUCCACCCCGGGGGCGGACGCAACGACAUCCCCCAGAGACUGAAGAGACAGUUCUCCAUCUUCAACUGCACCCUUCCCUCUCACGCCUCCAUCGACAAGAUCUUCGGAGUGAUCGGGAAGGGCCACUACUGUGCGCGGAGGGGCUUCAGCCUGGAGGUGACCUCCCUGGUGCCCAGGGUGGUCUCCCUCACCAGGCUGCUCUGGCAGAGCACCAAGGUGAAGAUGCUGCCCACGCCAGCCAAGUUCCACUACAUCUUCAACCUGCGCGACCUGUCCCGCAUCUGGCAGGGCAUGCUGGGAACCACGGCCGAGGUGGUGCACUCAGUACCGGUUCUCCUCCGUCUCUGGAAACACGAGUGCAAGCGCGUGAUCGCGGACCGCUUCACCACGCCGGCGGACGUGGAGUGGCUGGACGGCGCUCUGGCGCGGCUGGUGGGGGAGGAGCUGGGCGAGGAGGUCCGGGCGCUGCUGGACGUGGGAGUGGACGCCUACUUUGUGGACUUCCUCAGAGACGCCCCCGAAGCUACAGGCGAGGAGCCCGAAGACACAGACUUCGACCUGCCCAAAGUGUACGAGCCCAUCCAGUCCCUGGAGAGCCUGACCGAGCGCCUGGACAUGUUCCUCAGCCAGUACAACGAGAGCAUACGAGGAGCAGGGAUGGACAUGGUGUUCUUCACCGACGCCAUGAUACACCUGGUCAAGGUGUCGAGGAUCAUCCGGACCCCCCGGGGUAACGCCCUCCUGGUGGGCGUGGGGGGGUCGGGCAAACAGAGCCUCACCCGGCUGGCCUCCUUCAUUGCUGGGUACAAGAUCUUCCAGAUCACCCUGACGCGCUCCUACAACACGGCCAACCUGAUGGAGGACCUGAAGGGGCUGUACAGGACGGCCGGCCAGUAUGGCCGAGGCAUCAGCUUCAUCUUCACUGACAACGAGAUCAAGGACGAGUCCUUCCUGGAGUACAUGAACAACGUCCUGUCUUCUGGACAGGUGUCAAACUUGUUUGCUCGAGACGAGAUCGAUGAGAUUAUCAGUGACCUCAUACCAGUAAUGAAGCGGGAGUUUCCACGGCGACCACCUACCAACGAGAACCUGCACGAGUACUUCAUGAGCCGCGUGCGUCAGAACCUGCACGUGGUUCUGUGCUUCUCUCCUGUGGGGGAGAAGUUCCGGAACCGAGCGCUGAAGUUCCCGGCGCUCAUCUCAGGAUGUACCAUGGACUGGUUCAGUCGCUGGCCCAAGGACGCCCUCAUUGCAGUCUCACAGCACUUCCUGUCCCAGUACGACAUCGAGUGCUCACCGCAGGUGAAGGCGGAGGUGGUGCAGUGCAUGGGCUGCUUCCAGGACGGCGUGGCGGAGAAGUGUGUCGACUACUUCCAGAGGUACCGGCGCGCCACCCACGUCACGCCCAAGUCCUACCUGUCCUUCAUCCAGGGAUACAAGACCAUCUACAGGGAGAGACGGGCCCAGGUCCAGACCCUGGCCAACAGGAUGAACACAGGCCUGCAGAAGCUGAAGGAGGCAUCCCAGUCAGUAGCAGGGCUCAGCUUGGAGCUGGAGGUCAAGGAGAAGGAGCUGCAGAUCGCCAACGACAAGGCCGACAUGGUGCUGAAGGAGGUGACAGUGAAAGCCCAGGCAGCAGAGAAGGUGAAGCUGGAGGUGCAGAAGGUGAAGGAUAAGGCCCAGGCCAUAGUGGACAGCAUCUCAGCUGACAAGGCCAUCGCAGAGGAGAAGCUGGAGGCCGCCCGGCCGGCCCUGGAGGAGGCAGAGGCUGCCCUGCAGACCAUCAAGCCCUCGGACAUCGCCACGGUCCGAACGCUGGGCCGUCCCCCGCACCUCAUCAUGCGCAUCAUGGACUGCGUGCUGCUGCUGUUCCAGAGGAAGGUGAACACGGUGAAGAUGGACCCUGAGAAGAACUGCACCAUCCCCUCCUGGCAGGACUCCCUCAAGAUGAUGACCGGCGGGAACUUCCUGGGCAGUCUGCAGCAAUUCCCUAAAGACAGCAUCAACGAGGAGAUGGUGGAGCUGCUGCAGCCCUACUUCGAGAUGGCCGACUACAACAUUGAGACGGCCAGGCGUGUGUGUGGCAACGUGGCUGGGGUCUGCUCCUGGACCAAGGCCAUGGCCUCCUUCUUCUCCAUCAACAAGGAGGUGCUCCCCUUGAAGGCCAACCUGGCAGUGCAGGAGAGCCGCCUGACUGUCGCCAACGAGGACCUGCGUGAGGCCCAGGCCGAGCUGGACGACAAGCAGGCCGAGCUGGACGUGGUGCAGGCAGAGUACGAGAAGGCUCUGACGGAGAAACAGACCCUGCUGGAGGAUGCGGAGCGCUGCAGACACAAGAUGCAGACUGCGUCCAGCCUCAUCAGCGGCCUGGCCGGAGAGAAGGAGCGCUGGACAGAGCAGAGCAAGGAGUUCGCUGCGCAGACCAAACGACUCGUCGGUGACGUUCUCCUGGCCACUGCAUUCCUGUCCUACUCCGGACCUUUCAAUCAGGAGUUCCGGAACCUUCUCCUGGGCGCCUGGCAACGGGAAAUGAAGACCCGGAUGAUCCCGUUCGGCAGAAACCUCAACCUGACAGACCUGCUCGUCGAUGCGCCCACCGUGAGUGAGUGGACCCUCCAGGGCCUCCCCAACGAUGACCUAUCCAUCCAAAAUGGGAUCAUCGUGACCAAGGCUGCCCGCUUCCCCCUCCUCAUCGACCCCCAGACCCAGGGGAAGAUCUGGAUCAAAAACAAGGAAAUACGAAACGAACUGCAGAUCACUUCGCUGAAUCACAAGUACUUCCGGAACCAUCUGGAGGACAGUCUGUCUUUGGGACGCCCCCUGCUGAUCGAGGACGUCGAGGAGGACCUGGACCCAGCCCUGGACAACGUGCUGGAGAAGAACUUCAUCAAGACUGGCUCUACAUACAAGGUCAAGGUUGGAGACAAGGAAGUGGACGUGAUGCGAGGCUUCCGUCUGUACAUGACCACGAAGCUGCCCAACCCCGCAUACACCCCUGAGAUCAGCGCACGCACCUCCAUCAUCGACUUCACUGUCACCAUGAAAGGCCUGGAGGACCAGCUGCUGGGCAGAGUCAUCCUCACGGAGAAACAGGAGCUGGAGAAGGAGAGGACAGACCUCAUGGAGGACGUGACGUCUAACAAGCGUAAGAUGAAGGAGCUGGAGGACAACCUCCUGUACCGCCUCACCAGCACACAGGGCUCCCUGGUGGACGACGAGAGCCUGAUCGUCGUCCUGGGCAACACCAAGCGCACCGCCGAGGACGUGACGCAGAAGCUGCAGAUCGCGGCCGAGACGGAGGUCCAGAUCAACAGCGCUCGGGAGGAAUACCGGCCCGUGGCCACCAGGGGCAGCAUACUAUACUUCCUCAUCACCGAGAUGAGCAUGGUGAACGUGAUGUACCAAACCUCGCUCAGACAGUUCCUGGGUCUGUUUGACCUCUCUCUGGCCAGGUCAUCGAAGAGUCCAAUCACAAGCAAAAGGAUCGGCAACAUCAUCGAGUGCAUGACCUUCGAGGUCCACAAGUACGCUGCCAGGGGGCUGUACGAGGAGCACAAGUUCCUGUUCACCCUGCUGCUCACGCUCAAGAUCGACAUGCAGAGCAACCGCGUCAAACACGAGGACUUCCUCACGCUCAUUAAAGGGGGUGCUUCUCUGGACCUGAAGGCUUGUCCUGUAAAGCCAGCUAAGUGGAUCCUGGACAUGACCUGGCUGAACCUGGUGGAACUGAGCAAGCUCUGGCAGUUCUCUGACAUCCUGGAUCAGAUCAGCCGUAAUGAGAAGCAGUGGAAGGCCUGGUUUGAUAAGGAGGCCCCAGAGGAGGAGGUGGUUCCUAACUCGUAUGACCAGACGUUGGACUGCUUCCGUAGACUGCUGCUCAUACGCUCCUGGUGCCCCGACCGCACCAUCGCUCAGGCCAGGAAGUACAUUGUGGACUCCAUGGGUGAGCGCUACGCCGAGGGGGUGAUCCUGGACCUGGAGAGGACGUGGGAGGAGUCAGACCCCCGCUCUCCCCUUGUCUGCUUCCUGUCCAUGGGCUCCGACCCCACAGACUCCAUCACGGCCCUGGGCAAAAGGCUGAAGAUGGACACGCGCUAUGUGUCCAUGGGGCAGGGCCAGGAGGUGCACGCCCGCAAGCUCCUGCAGCAGACCAUGGUCAACGGCGGCUGGGCUCUGCUGCAGAACUGUCACCUGGGCCUGGACUUCUUGGACGAGCUGAUGGACACCAUCACGGAGACGGACUCCGUCCACGACAGCUUCCGCCUCUGGAUGACCACGGAGGUCCACAAGCACUUCCCCAUCACACUCCUGCAGAUGUCAAUCAAGUUCACCAACGAACCACCGCAGGGCCUGAAGGCGGGGCUUAAAAGGACGUAUGGAGGCAUCAGCCAGGACCUGCUGGACGUCAGCAACAUGCUGCAGUGGAGGCCCAUGCUGUACGCCGUGGCCUUCCUCCACUCCACCGUGCAGGAGAGGAGGAAGUAUGGCUCGCUGGGCUGGAACAUCCCCUACGAGUUCAACCAGGCCGACUUCAACGCCACCGUCCAGUUUGUGCAGAACCACCUGGACGACAUGGACAUCAAAAAGGGCGUGUCCUGGCACACAGUGCGCUACAUGAUCGGGGAGAUCCAGUAUGGCGGCCGAGUGACAGACGACUAUGACAAGCGCCUCCUCAACACCUUCGCCAAGGUCUGGUUCAGCGAGAACAUGUUCACGCCCGACUUCCACUUCUACAAAGGCUACAGCAUACCCAGGUGUACCAACGUGGACCUGUAUCUCCAGCACAUUCAGGGCCUGCCAGCGUACGACACCCCCGAGGUGUUCGGCCUGCACCCCAACGCCGACAUCACCUACCAGAGCAAGCUGGCCAAGGACGUGCUGGACACCAUCCUGAGCAUCCAGCCCAAGGACAGCUCCAGCGGCGAUGGGGAGACGCGCGAGGCCAUCGUGGCCCGCUUGGCCGACGACAUGCUGGACAAGCUGCCCCCGGACUACGUCCCCUUUGAGGUGAGAGACAGGCUGGUGAAGAUGGGCCCCUUCCAGCCAAUGAACAUCUUCCUGCGGCAGGAGAUCGACCGCAUGCAGCGUGUCAUUGUCCUGGUCCGCAGCACUCUGACAGACCUCAAGCUGGCCAUCGACGGGACCAUCAUCAUGAGCGAGAACCUCCGAGAUGCUCUGGACUGCAUGUACGAUGCACGCAUCCCUGCUCGCUGGAAGAAGGCGUCGUGGGCCUCCAGUACCCUGGGGUUCUGGUUCACAGAGCUGCUGGAGAGGAACCGACAGUUCCAGGCGUGGGUCUUUGAGGGGCGUCCCAACUGCUUCUGGAUGACCGGCUUCUUUAACCCCCAGGGCUUCCUGACAGCCAUGAGACAGGAGAUAACCCGAGCCAACAAAGGCUGGGCCCUGGACCGCAUGGUGCUGUGUAACGAGGUUACCAGGUGGAUGAAGGAUGACAUCCCCCAGCCCCCGUCCGAGGGCGUGUAUGUGUACGGCCUGUACUUGGAGGGCGCGGGCUGGGACCGCAGGAGCUGCCGGCUCCUGGACUCCAAACCCAAGGUCUUGUUUGAGAUGAUGCCCGUGGUCAGGAUGUACGCCGAGAACAACGGACUCAGAGACCCCAGGCUGUACCCCUGUCCCAUCUACAAGAAACCUGUGAGGAUGGACAUGAACUUCAUCGCUGCCAUCGACCUGCGGACGUCUCCGCCUCCAGAGUACUGGAUCCUCCGAGGCGUGGCGCUGCUGUGUGACGUCAAGUAGCAUCCCGAGCUCCGCGGCCUGUCACAGGGGUCGCCCUCCACGCAGGAAACACUUCUAUUUGAACGUUUUUACGUUUUUCUAUGUUUUGGGCCUUUUUGAACUUUUGAUUGUGUUUUUUAUUGAUAGUUAGAGAGA